AUGCCGAACUCGAAAUGGGGGAUCCUGGGCUAUGAGCCCAGUCAGCCCGCCUGGGUGCUCUAUCUUCAACUACAGUUCAGCCAGCCUGCAGAUUGCACGCUCAAAAGUGCGAACAUCGAACUGUCUUUUCAGAAACCGCAGUCCAUUUGCAGAUCAAAGCUUGGGCCGGUUCUUACUGAAUAUCUUGGCCCCAGAGGUGUCACCGGCUAUGUCCGCUCUCGAGAUACGGAAGGAUCGAGAAAAAAUAAGGAUUUUAUUGAAUUUCAAUCAACCGAUGACGAAGAAAGCAAAAAUACUCCUGAUGGCAAAUGGUCCUUACGUGCUUAUACAUGGCCAAUAGAUGGGGAUGAGAGUGGGCUGCACCGUCGGGUGGAAUGGAUCAUCAAUGAGGCCAAACCGCCCUACCAGACGAUACUCCAUCGCGACCAAAUUCGUGUCGGCCUUGUAGUCUCUCAUGAUACAGAGCCGUUUUUCAUCACAGUGCGCAUUGAAGGACAGCUUGAAGAGACCUACGGGGGAAUGCUUCGGUUUGGGCGCUCGGUUGACGAUUCAACCAGGUGUGUUUCAGUCCACGUGUCGCCACCUGCCAAUUCGGAAACAUCCUUGGAAGAGAUUGCGAAGCGGCUGAACGAUGAAAUGACAAACAUGAUCUUCGAUAAUUGUGCCCUAGAGGCAGUUCCCCACCACAAAGUAUCAUCAGAUGCGUAUCGCCCGGCUCGUGAAGAACCCAGGAAGAGACCCAGGAAGACGGGGAGCUUGAAUGAAGUGUGCCCAGAGUCCAAGAGAAGCCAUGGUGACUAUACGAUCGGUUGGAUUUGCGCAUUGCCUCUUGAGAUGGCUGCAGCGAGCGCAAUGCUCGACGACGUUCACGAUCUUUUGCCGACCCAUUCGGACGAUCAGAACAGUUACAUACUUGGUAGCAUUGGAGCGCAUAACAUAGCUAUCGCCUGCCUUCCUAGUGGGGUAUAUGGUACGAUAUCAGCAGCCAUAGUGGCGUCUCAAAUGCAAGCGACAUUCAAGUCCAUCCGAUUUAGCUUGUUGGUGGGCAUUGGGGGAGGAGUACCCGGAGGCGACACCGAUAUUCGGCUAGGCGAUGUCGUUGUCAGCAAGCCCAGUGGAACCCUUGGGGGAGUAAUCCAGUAUGACUAUGGCAAGACCUGUGCAGAUGGCAAAUUCCACAUAACGGGAGCCCUGAACAAACCACCGCAGGCGCUCUUGACAAUGGUCGCCAGAAUGAGCGCUGAGUAUAUGGUCAAUGGAUGCCGAUUAAGCGGUUAUCUUGCUGAUAUGGCGAAGAAAUAUCCUCGAAUGCAGGGCUUUACGCAUCCUAGCCAAGAAGAAGACCGGCUCUUUGGAGCCGAUUAUGAUCAUCCAAAAGCUGCUCUCACCUGCAAAGCUUGCGAUCCCAGUAAAUGCAUCCCUCGCAGACCUCGAACCAACGACACACCGGUCGUUCAUUAUGGACUCAUCGCGUCUGGAGACCAAGUUAUGAAACAUGGACUUACCAGAGAUCGACUUGCACAAGAAUCGGGAAUCAUUUGCUUCGAGAUGGAGGCAGCAGGAUUAAUGGAUAAUUUCCCAUGUCUUGUCAUUCGCGGGAUCUGUGACUACGCAGACUCACACAAAAACAAGGCCUGGCAGAAUUAUGCCGCUGCGGUCGCUGCUGCAUAUGCUAAAGACCUUCUUGUUAUGACACCUGCAAGGCAGGUCGAGAUUACGCCUCGCGCUGUCGGGUGGUAA